GAAAAAUGAAGCUGGUAAAGAGGAGGGGGGGGGGGUGGCUUUCAUUUGGAAAUCCUCUCUUCAGCUGAACUUUUUUUUUUUUGCGUCCAUCAUUAGCUUGUUUAUUUCUGUUUGCACUCCUGUGACAUAAUUAUCCCAGGAAAGGUUUUAUUCAAAUAUGCAGCAGACCUGCUGAAAAAGCUUAACUGUUUACUUUAAUCUUUGCUUUAAAGUCUUUCAAAGAUUUGUGAAAUGCAGAAAAAAAGGGGCAAGUAGCAGCAGACACGCUUUGAAGUCUGUUUGUGACUCAGUGUUGCGCCAUUUCAACACGAGAUCGAGAUAAGAUUUUUUCACUUUAACACUUUAGCACAGAUGAGAUAUUUGUUGAGGAAGCCUUUGUGGUUAGACAUAAUCAGCAUUUUUACAGUCUCCAACAAUAAUCUAAAACCACAGGUAAACUUAACACAGGAUGAGCAGACUUAGAACCUGCGCUGCUCUAUUUCCUGACCUAUUUGUGGUGCAUCACUGGCACAACAAAACUGUUGCAGAAGUGAAGAUUUAUAGGUUUGAUUGACGGUACGUGCGCCUGUUGAUGCAUCUGUUGCAAGUUUUUUUUUUUUUUUUUUUUUUGAAUAAUACAUACGUUUGUGGCCGAACGCACUUAAUGUUUCCUUUUAUUGUCUCCACAGAUCGGAGAAACAAACGGAGUUUCAUGAGAACGCAAUGAAUCCACAUCCUGUCGUAACUAAGUGCUGACUCUUCUCUGGACUGUCUCGGAGAGAUAACCCUGGCCGGUGUUUUGCAACGCAACCUGAGCCCCCCCUCGCCCACCCAGCUCACUGCCAGAUGGCGCUUCUGGCCAAUCAAAUCAUGGAUGCCAGGAUUCUCAGCAGCAUGAACGGCAGGGUGGAGCUCUCCCAGUUUCUGAGGGUCACCAGCCAGAGCAUCGUCACCUCCACCCAGGAGGACAACCGUAAGAACAGGAAGUACCCGUGCCCGCUGUGCGGGAAGCGCUUCCGCUUCAACAGCAUCCUCUCCCUCCACAUGCGCACGCACACGGGCGAGAAGCCCUUCAAGUGUCCGUACUGCGACCACCGUGCCGCGCAGAAAGGAAACCUCAAGAUACACCUUCGCACCCACAAGCAAGGGAUUCUGGGUAAGGGCCGCGGGAGGGUCCGGGAGGAGAGCAGGCUGCUCCACGAGCUGGAGGAGCGGGCCAUCCUCAGAGACAGGCAGAUGAGGGCGGGUCACGUCGGCGCCGAGCAGCCUCAGACCUCAUCCCUGAUCCAGGGCGCCAUCCCAGCAGAACCUCUGUUCUUCAGCAGCUCUGCCGCUGCAAACCUGCAGCCCGGCGCUUCCGCCCACCCCAAGGUGACGCCCGUUCCAGAUGAGCCCCUCCAGGCUCACGCCGCCGGCUUCCGCUGCUCCUUCUGCAAAGGAAAGUUCAGGAAGCAGCAGGAGCUAGAGCGCCACAUCCGCAUCCUCCACAAACCCUACAAAUGCACGCUGUGCGACUUCGCCGCCGCGCAGGAGGAGGAGCUGAUCGGGCACGUGGAAAUGACACACAUCACUGCAGAUCUGGGCUCGGGGCAGAAACCCCCGGCGGGCGAUAAGGGGAAGCCUGCGGGCGAGUUUCCCUGCGAGGUGUGCGGCCAGACCUUCAGCCAGGCCUGGUUCCUCAAAGGUCACAUGAGGAAACACAAGGACUCCUUUGAGCACUGCUGUCAGAUCUGUGGCCGCCGCUUCAAGGAGCCCUGGUUCCUGAAGAACCAUAUGAAAGUCCACCUCAACAAGCUGGCGGCCAAGAGCCUCCCGGGUGACCACAACUCCUCCGCCGACGCGGGAGGCCUAACGCCAGAUCUUCAGAACAGCAUCUACUCGCAGUACAUCCCUCGCAUCCACAGCAGGUUCCUGAUGUCUGAGCGCGCUGAUUUACCCGAUUAUCACCGCAUGUUGAGCACAGCAGGCGGUGAUGUGAAGGUGAGAGAAAUGUUAGGGAGGAUGGUGUCCGCAGGCCCGGGAUCUCUGACGGAUCCAGACAGUUCUUCUUUAUUGGGCUUCAAUCACCUCCAACCUCCUCUGAGCUCCACCAGCAUGGAAUAUCUACAGAGAGUCAUCUCAACUAGAGAUGCUCUGAAUAACAGCAGCACGUACGCAGGAUGGCAGAUCAUAACACCUGGGAUGCCUGCAGAGCAGCAAAUGUUCAGUACUAAAGAGCAGCAGCAGCAGAGGUGCUCCGCCUACCUGAGUGAGAGGAGCCUCUCUGGAGAGGAUGGGAAACUGGGUCUCAGUGACCCGGAAGGCAAAGUCCUCAGCAGACCAGGAAGCCAAGGCCCAGCAGAGAUGACCACGGAGGCCGACGGCGCCUUUGAGCAUCCGCUUCAAUCCUCCUCUCCCUCUGCAGGUGAGAAAGUCUUCAGGGGUCAAGUCGCCCGCACAGCCUUCCGCCACGAUCGCUACCAGUUUCCUCCCUGGCAGAACAGCCGAGAUCUUUCCUCUCCGCUGCAGCCCGGCAGCAGCAGGAGCUCCAGCCCCAAAGCCAGACCCCGAUCCAGGGAGGACUGGAGCCCGGCGGCCGGUCACUACGUCAACCCGGAGGAGAAGACCCUGCUGGCCAACAAGAAGUCUGAGGCGGCGGACCGAGACGCAGGAGACGGCCCUCCAACCAGGAAGUCCCAUAACGGAGUCGUGUCCUCCGUCAGCCGCGGGCUACAAAGUUCGGCUGAGCUCAGCAAGAAACCCGCAUACCAGCGUGACCUUUUGGUACCGGGACCGAACGAGGAGACGACCUCACAGAACAUCGAAGGUCGAGACUACGAGGGCGACUUCCAAGAAGACAGAAGUGAUGAUGACGAUGAUGCCAGGUGGAAGAAGCUGAAACAGGAGGCGGGACAGGAAGGACCGGCGGACAGGAAGCCGGGAAGAGCCCAGAUGGACCCGCUCCAGCACCAGGGGGUCCUGCUCUCCUUCCUCAGGUCCCAGGGGGGUCUAAGCAGCACGCCCGGCGGCGCACUCAAACCCGGAGUGAACGGAAACAUGGAGAAAGAUGUGGCAUCAGCCCGGAAGCCGUUCCAGUGCAGGUACUGUCCGUACAGCGCGUCCCAGAAGGGCAACCUGAAGACCCACGUCCUGUGCGUCCACCGCAAGCCCUUCGACAACAGCCUGUACCCCGACCGCCGCCUGCGACGCUCACACGCGCCCCCGGUGCCCCCCAGACUGCCCGUGGGUGUCGCGGGAGGCGACGGCGCGUCGGGAAGGGACAGCUCCACGUCGCUGUGUGGGACUUGAUGUUGUCAUGGCAACAGCAGAUACAGACAGUUCUGAUUACGGCUUUAGCUUCACCUUGAAGGGGUUUAGGAUGAUCGAGAUCAUUUUAACACCAAGAUGUACAUUCCAGUGUUUACUUGAAGAGCCACAAUACGUAUUUAUCUGUAGCGAAAGACGCUGCCUAUAUGAAUAAAGUCCGUUGUGAUGUGACGUGUAGCGACGGUACCCGGUGCCAUUUAUUUGAGGAUUUUUCUGUGUUUGUAUGGAUCUAUCAGCCCAGCUCUCGUCUUAUGGCGCGGCCGCCGCUCAAAGCGCUUGUUCUUUCAUCCAGUAAAUAACCUGUGUUGCUUUUUUUUUUUUUUUUUUUUUUGUAAAUAUGGCUCUAUUUU